GAACACUCUCCGUUUUCUAACCUUAUCUGAGGGGGUUUGCUACGGCACAAUUCUCAAAAAAAAAUUCCCACCAUAGGGGUAAUACUAUGUACUGCUUAAACGCGCAACUCUUAUAAGUUCUCUUAAAAAUGAUUCCCUCAAGAAGGGGCGAAUAAAAAGGCACAUGAAUGUAAGUGCGUUUGCUCAUACGUACGCAUCCCAAGAGCGCUCAAAAGGCCAGCAUAAAACAAAACAGGCAUUACUUUUCCCAAACUGUUCCCCCAAUAAAGCAUGUACAUUGGAGUGCUGUCGAAGAAAGUUGACUCCAAAUUUGACUUGAAAAAUGACUCCAAAUUUGGUGGUGCCCCUGUGUGGUUACAUGGGAAAGAACCAACGAACUUCCAUUUAGAGUGUCCCACAUGCAAAAAUAAUUUGACGUUUUUAUUUCAACUGUCAACGUCUUACAACGAGUACGUAAGAGUGCUGUACUUGUUUUGCUGCCUGAACAGUGGGAAGUGCAACGUGAACAGGAACAGCUGGGUGUGCAUUAAGGGGAAAAAGAAGCUAUUUCAAAAUGGGGGUGGUGAUCAAGUGGGCCCAGAGUUGGAGAUAAACGGUUGGGAUAAAAGCGAAAUGUGUCACAAUGGAAGAGCAAAUCGGAGUGAUCCCCAAAAAGGGGUCUUCCCCAAUUGUAGCAGCACAAAUGGGAGACAACCCAUUUUUGAUUUCUCAAGUGAAAAUAUAAAAAAAGAGGACUCCCUCACACAAGGUGCAAGUUUUAUGGAGGAAAAAUUAAUCGACUGGAAAUCCUUAUUUUCGAAGAGUGCCACGGAACAGAAAAGGAAUAACUCCUCAUUAUUUGGCAACGCCAUUAGUGCAUCCUUUACUGGUGCAAAUGAAAAACUAAGAGGGAACAACUCAUCCGUCGUGGGUGAUAAUUCUUUGCUAAGUGAACCUAACGGGGGGGGCAAACUCCUUGGGAUGCCCCAAACGGGGCAAAAAGAUGAAAACUUCAUAGUAGAAGGGACAAGUUGUAAUCUGCCCACUUUUUACAUUUCCCUAAUUGAAGACGAUGGAGAUGACUGCGGACGGGGAGACUACCUCUAUGAAAAGGCGAAGAAAAUGCAUGAAACGUAUGAACAGCGGAAUAGGGAAAACACCGAAGAGGACGCAGAUUUGGCGAUGGGAAAUGAUCACGAUCUGGACGACAUUGGCGACAUCGAAUUCUUUGAAAAUGAUUUUAACGGGUGUGUAAAAUUUUAUUCCUACUUAAGUAAAAACUACAGUCAAAUAUUAAGGUAUUCCUAUAAUGGGAAAUUUUUAUAUAUGUACAAAUCCACAAAGAAAUACAUCAAAGGGCGAACUAUGGUAUGUGCACACUGCGGGAGCAAGCUCCUCUUCGAGGUGCAGUUCUUUUCCACUUUUGUCUAUCAGAUAGAGAGAAAACUUGAAGAAGAAAAGGAUAACCUUUGCGGCAAUUCGCUGAACAAUUUCAACGUGGGGAAUGUCAUCAUAUUCACAUGCGAACGGGACUGCGUUACGGUGGAUGACAUGUAUUCAUAUGAGCGCGUCGAGUUGGAAGUUUUUUAG